AUGGCUAACGCCGUCUCAGGCGAGGCGGCAUUUGCAUUGCUGCUCGAUUCACCCUCUUUUCCUCUUCCGCCUGGAAUAACACCUGGCUCUGCCGCAUCCAAGGUAGUAUUUGAUAAGAUGGUACAAGCACUUGAACAUCAGCGCAUCGUCUCAUACCUAGAUGGUCCGACCAACUUCAGACGAUCGUGUACUUCUGACUCUGAUGGUAUGCCACAGUCCUCAACGCCACGCUCUUCGUAUACGAUGUUAUCCUCAAUCUCCCCCUUGAAAUCGAGCAUAUCUGGACCAGGAAAUGGACAUUCCUGA